GCGGCGGAGUAAAAAUAAGUGUCCAUCUUCGUCCUUCUCCUGUUGUUUCACAGAUUAGUUGAAAGGGGUCAAAUGGGGAAAUAACCCAUAAUCAAUCGAGGAAGGAACUACAUGUGUAUAGUGUGUGUAUCAGUCAGGACGGAAGUUUGCGGUGCACGCAAGCUGCGUUCAAGAUCCGCGACGAUUCGACCUUUAACUGUUGAGCAGCCGUGUCCCCGUAGCUGCUCGGGGUGCGUGGGUCCUGAACGCACCUCCGCGUGUAGACCCCUGGGUGUGUUAACGUGUAGCAGCGGUUUGAUUCAGUUGUUUGUCAUUGACACCAGCGACAUGAAGAGAUGUGUUCACGAUGGAGUGAAGCUUAACGACGAGCAGCUUCCUGAACAACAUGGCCCCGAGGAGGUCAACAAUAAUAUAAGCCCCAUUCAAAACAGCUGCUAUUUACUGCAGUGACUCGUCCUGAUCAACAGUGAAAUGUCCCUGAGUAAGAUCACACGUUUCCCCUCAGCGAGGCUGCUGAGCUCCAUCCACCAGCAGCAGCUGCUUCUCCCCCCCGUCAGCCCGCUCACUGUGCCCACAAGAGCUGUGAUCCAGGGGGAGUACAGACGACCCGGGAAGCCCAAGGAAGACAAGUUUCCAUGGCAGAAGAUUAACUUUAACUUCUCCAAAGGUUUGGGGGGAAUAAAGAAGCAUUUCAUGCUGCUGAAGACGGAGUUCUCUGACCGCUGGGUCGGUCCAGAGGGCAAACCGGUGCUUGAGCACAUGCUGGAGCAGAACAGAGUGAUGUGGGAGUUCAGAGGUCCAGAGAGCCUGGAGGAGUGGACCGUAUCCUCGGAUCAUGAGAUAGGAGGCCAGAGUGAAGCCCACCUGAAGCUGGGCAAGAACAACACCUGUUUUCUGCACGGGAGCCUGAGCUCCACUCCUCCGAGGGACGGAGAAACACGCUACAGUGGCUACUGCACCAUGCGCUCCAAACAACCACUGUUUUCAUUUGACAGGAAGAAGCACCACGACUGGUCCAGUUUCAACACCCUGCACCUGCGGGUACGCGGCGAUGGUCGUCCAUGGAUGAUCAACAUCGCCACAGAAACCUACUUCUCUCACCAGAGAGACGACAUAUACAGUUACUUUCUGUACACCAGAGGAGGACCCUACUGGCAAGACGUCAAGAUUCCUUUCUCCAAGUUCUUCCUGACACAUCGUGGGAGGAUACAAGAUGAUCAGCAUCAUCUCUGGCUGGACAAGGUCAACACUGUUGGAUUUACUUUGGGAGAUAAAGCAGACGGUCCGUUCCAGCUGGAGAUCGACUUCAUUGGCGUCUGCAAAGAUUACGCUCACACUGAGGAGUUUGCCUACGAGGUUUACAAGAGGAAUCCUGAAGUUUGAGACUAUAACUCUGGAGAUGAACUCUUCUGUCAACAAACAAAAUGUACCAACUUCUUGUGUUGGAUAACUGACCUCAUCCAGCACUCUGGGAAACUGGAGCGGGACUAAGAGAACUCGUACGUCAACCAUGAUUAGAGCCCUAUACCCUGAAUGGCUUCUUCUUUGGGUCAUGCAUCACCCUCUUCAAAUUUCAUGGAAAUCAGUUCAGUAGUUUGAGUAAUCCUGCCAGAUGGAAAUAAAGACACUGUAAAUCUG